AGGUCAUAUAUCAGAUCCUGACUACCCACCUUUCUCCCCCACCUUUCUCGCCGUGGUAUAUUGUUGCUUGUAAAUGAGCGAGGCGAGUUAUGCGAGCCACCACAUUCACUUCGGACCGACAAUCUCCAUCGAAGAAGAUUGAAGAUGAGCAUGCCAACGUUGUAUCCUGGCUUUACCGACAUAGGGUUGCAAUGGCAGAUUAGGCUCGGAAGAGGAAGGGACAGGGCCGGGCACGGCUGUUAUGCAUGAGAUAUCACAGAUUCAUUUGUGGAGAGAGCUGGGGAGGCCGGGGCUGGCUGGGGGCUGGAAGCAAAAGGCUCACCGUAUCGAGGUACUUGUUUGCGGCAUUGUUUAGCAAGAGUUUAUUAGGAUUGGGUCGUCGGCGGGCCUCAGCGGGAGUAACGCUCCAAUCGGUAAACAACAAUCUUCUCUUUCUUAUCCGCUGUAUACUUGCACUUUACGCCGCCACCUCGCGUCCAAGCCCUCUUCUCGGCUAUCUUUGCACAAGCCCGUCCUCGGAAUCGUCAAGUUGCAGUCAAGUCGGUCGGUGGUCUGGACGUGAGGUUGUUAAGAAUGCGCCUUGUUCCUCGCCUCGGACGGGGCCAUGUAGUCAUCUUUGGGCAGAGCUAGUUCGAACUAGUCUCAACCGUAGACACGUCAUCUCGUGUGUCCGUUGUUCGUGCAAGGGAAAUCCUUGAAUGGGCCCUGGUACCUGGUGCUGAGGCUCCUGGCUCAAACUCAUCCGUUUUGCCUUCCUGAAAUAUGACGGUUCAAUGCAGUUUUAAUUAUUAAAGACCAAGUCAGGACUAUUUUGCUAGAAUCAACCA